AUGGGUCAGUUGGUGUCCCUUGCUCUGGCACGUCAUUUACACGGCGGACAUACGGGUUAUUACCCUUUUUCAACUACAACCUUCGACACAAUGGAAGCUGGAGACUUUAAAGAUUUCGCUAAAGCGAUGACGGACUAUAUUGCGGAGUAUUUGGAGAAUAUUAGAGACAGGCAAGUGGUGCCAUCAGUAAAACCAGGGUAUUUGCGUCCCUUAGUUCCGGAGCAGGCGCCUCAGCAGGCGGAGCCAUGGACAGCGGUGAUGGCUGACAUUGAACGCGUCGUAAUGUCUGGCGUUACCCACUGGCAUUCUCCGCGCUUCCACGCAUACUUCCCAACAGCGAACUCGUAUCCAGCCAUCGUGGCUGAUAUGCUGAGUGGGGCCAUCGCCUGUAUAGGUUUCACUUGGAUUGCAAGUCCAGCAUGUACUGAGCUGGAAGUCGUAAUGCUGGAUUGGCUGGGCCAGAUGCUGGGACUUCCUGAAUGUUUUCUGGCUCGUUCCGGUGGUGAGGCUGGAGGCGUGAUUCAAGGCACUGCCAGCGAGGCUACUCUCGUCGCUUUGUUAGGCGCUAAAGCUCGCACCAUGCAUCGUGUUAAGCAACAACACCCCGAAUGGACUGAAACUGAGAUCAUUUCAAAACUCGUUGGCUAUUGCAAUAAGCAAGCUCACUCGUCAGUUGAACGUGCUGGCCUCCUCGGUGGUGUGAAGCUUCGCAACUUAAAACCUGAUCAUAAGAGACGUCUAACCGGCGAUAUUUUAAAAGACGCUAUUGAAGAAGACAUUCGCAAUGGACUCAUACCUUUCUAUGUUGUAGCCACUUUAGGUACUACAUCUUCGUGCACUUUCGACGCCUUGGAUGAAAUAGGGGACGUUUGUUUGUCGAACGAUGUUUGGUUACACGUCGAUGCAGCUUACGCUGGUUCAGCAUUUAUUUGUCCUGAAUACAGAUAUCUCAUGAAAGGUGUAGAAAAGGCCGACUCCUUCAAUUUCAACCCACACAAAUGGUUAUUGGUCAACUUCGAUUGUUCCGCAAUGUGGUUAAAACAGCCGCGUUGGAUUGUUGAUGCGUUUAACGUGGAUCCUCUAUAUUUAAAACAUGAUCAGCAAGGAUCAGCCCCAGAUUAUCGCCACUGGCAAAUUCCACUUGGACGUCGUUUCAGAGCACUUAAAUUAUGGUUUGUAUUGCGUCUGUAUGGAGUAGAAAAUCUUCAGAAGCAUAUCAGAAAGCAUAUUGCACUGGCUCAUCUCUUCGAAAAACUAUGCACCGACGAUGACAGAUUUGAAAUCUUUGAAGAAGUUACUAUGGGAUUGGUGUGCUUUAGAUUGAAAGGCGGAAAUGAUUUGAAUGAGGCAUUACUAAGACACAUUAAUGGCCGUGGCAAAAUCCAUCUGGUUCCAUCCAAGAUUGAUGACGUAUAUUUCUUGAGAUUGGCAAUUUGCUCUCGUUAUAGCGAAGAGAGCGACAUUCAUAUCUCUUGGGAGGAAGUAAAGGCUUCAGCUAAUGAUGUACUCAAAACCCAUUCAGCGUAA